AAUUAUCUUGGAAAAGGACAAACAGGCGAAAUUUACGUUCUUAAUCAAUGCUUACCUACGCACAAUCAUAUAUAUGUUUUGCUGUUGAUCUGUGAAGCUUUUUAUUGCGGGCCGCAGUUUUGCAAGUCUAGAGAACUGAAGAGAAAGUGUGAAUAUUAGGGGUAAAGUGGUAAACGAAAUGAUAAAAAGGCGAUUUUACAAGCUUGAACAUGGGGAUAGAGAUGCUCCUUCUGAGUCAUCUUCAUCUUCCUCUGACUCUGAAUUAGAGACUAAAGCAACAGAAGAAGAUCAGGGACAAGAAAAUCAUGAAGAAGAAGAUGAUGAUAAGGAUGACUACAAAGACAGUAGUGAUGAUUAUAAAAAUAGAGUCACCGAAAUGCAAAAGCAAAAUAUAACAGGUUCUUCAUUGUCUGGAUAUGAGAGUGAAGAUAGCUCUGCGCAUGAAGUCAAUCUAGACUCUUCAGGGCCUCCAACAAGUGAUGAUGAUAUUGAAACUUUAAAUGACAGAAAAAGCAUCAGUGAAAAUCAUUUGUUUAGCAGGGGCAUUGGUGAAUCAGAUAAUAUUCAGCAUAAAACUGUGACCAAAGUGGAUGAUAUGCCUGGUGAACGUUCAAACUACAUCCUGAAGCAUAAAUCUGUUUUCAAGUGCAGGAUAUGUCCUAGAAUUGUCUGCUUGUCAGAGGAGACUUUGAAUAUUCAUCUGAAAUCCAAAAGGCAUGCCAGAUCUGAGAAAUUACUAAAAGAAGGUAGGCUAAAGCUUAUGCUCAAUGAUAAUGGGAAAAUUGAUGGAGAAGAGGAGCAUUCAAGGAGAAAGGAAAAGACAGUGCCAGUAACAAAGAGAAAGAAAGGAUUCAAGAGGCAGAGGUGGGGGAAGAGGUCACGGAAGACAUUGUAGGAAAACAAAAAAACUAUUUGAGCAUGGAUAAUACAAGAACAAAGAUCGAGUCCAAGAUAGGGUGGAAAAAUGACAGCUGAGAAAUAUGCGAUCAGUGGUUGACUUGUGAUAUGGGCAAGAUGAGGGAAGCUACAGGAACUUUGCAAUAAGGAAGCGGCAGGAGAAGUUGAAAGUAAGCUUUUGAUUAUGGCUUUUAAGCAGAAGUAUCAUUUCGGACUGACAGAAACCGUUCUUUCCCAAAAUUUUGAGCAGGUAGUGGGGUGGUUUAGUACUAAGACUAGAAUUUUGUGAAUGGAUGUCGGUCCUUUGGCAUGAAGAACAGAAGUUUAUAUUAGGAGUGAGAUAAAAUUUUGAAGACCCUUUAUUUGAUCCAUAAAUUUUCAUCAA